UUCAAAUCUUCAGGCGAUAUGUGAACAAAGAAAUAUGUCUGUUCUUGCAUCGGAGUCGUUCACACAUGAUCCGUCGGAUGCGAUUCAACGGUUAAAGCAAAAGGAUGUUCGAAUAAUUGUGGGUAAUUUCUACGAGAAUACAGCACGGAAAGUCUUUUGUGAGGCAUACAAGCACGAUCUUUAUGGCGCAUCUUAUGUGUGGUUCUUGGUUGGAUAUUACACACCUGAUUGGCAGCACCGUGUGGAUCCAAAUGAGGUAGACUGUUCCCCUCAUCAAAUCUUACUGGCCAGCGAGGGUUAUCUCACAGCUACAUGGAGUAUGAAUGGGAGAAAUGAAAAACCAACCAUUACAGGUCGUACCCCUCAGCAGUUCCGCGAUGAUAUGGCAGCCAUCUUGGGUCAUGUGAUUGAUCUCAAUGGCCAGGAUGUGGCGGCAAACGCUCAUGAUGCAAUGUGGGCGAUUGCAUUAGGACUCAAUGCAUCUAUACCUGAAAUAGCACCACGUAGACUUGAACAGUAUACAUACGGUGAUGAAGAUAUGGUAGAUAUUUUCAAGGCCAAAAUCGAGCAAACUGAUUUCGAUGGCGUGUCGGGUCCGGUAAGCUUUUCACCUGUUGGCGACCGAAUUGGUGUCUUUCUCGUUGAACAGAAUAGAGAUGGCUCUGAGAGGGUAAUUGGAACUGCACAGAGAGGAAAAUCAAUUACUUGGAUAUAUCCAAGAACGGACAUAUGGAUAAACAACGAUGGAGAGCCGCCAUCGGAUCAUGAUAAGACACGUAUCAUCAGGAUCUAUCAGGGAGUACCUCGUCUAGAAGUCAUUGUCGUCGGUGCCCUUGCUACUGCCGGUGUUGUCCUUGCUAUUUCUUUUCUCGUUUUCAACGUAGCCUACAGAAAUAUAAGAGUGAUUAAGAUGUCCAGUCCAAGAAUGAACAAUCUGAUCGUCAUAGGAAUCAUCAUCGCAUAUUUAUCAGCCGUACUGUUUGGACUUGAUUAUGACGGAAUGAGUGACGUCACUAGAAAGUACAUCUGUACGGCCCGUUUAUGGACAAUUACAAUAGCAUUCACACUCGCCUUCGGUGGAAUGUUCACUAAAAUGUGGAGAGUUUACACUAUAAUCGUCUACAAGAAAACGCAGCGCAAGGUCAUCAAGGAUGUUCAGUUAUUUGCUAUUAUACUGGUAUUCUUCAUCAUCGAUCUCAUCAUCCUCAUCUUAAGAGAAAUUAUCGAUAGCUACUACAUCAUUGAGGAAUCUACACGGAAAUCACAGACGGCAGAGGAUAUCCGAAAUGAUGUUGUAUUUGUGGAUUUUCACAAGGCUUGUGUGUCUACACGAGAGACAGUCUGGCUGACAAUGCUUAUGGUUAUUAAACUAUUCGUUAUGAUUUUCGGUGCAUUCCUCGCUUGGCAGACGAGGAAUAUUAAUGUGCCAGCCUUGAAUGACAGUUACCACGUGGGCCUUUCUAUUUAUAACGUGGCUAUUUGUUGUGCUGUGGCAGUACCACUCAGUAUAUUCAAAGUGGGUAAUUUGGCUGUUGCGUAUGGUUUGGUGGCUUCAUUCAUGCUCCUCUGCGCAACCACCUCGCUGUGUCUUCUCUUCUUUCCGAAGGCCCUUGCAGUCCGCCGAGGCGUCAACAACGUGGGGCCUGAUAACAGGAUUAAGACCAUAUCAUCGGCAGUCGAAAAUUCGGGUUCCCGCAAUCAGGAGAGAGCGACGGAUAGGUUGAAAGCGAAGGAACCUGUCAGGAUUACAUCAUCGGCUCAUAGUAGUGCCAUGGGCAACGAAGGAAGAUCCAAUCGAAUGUUCUAAUUAUUUCAUUUCAUUUCACAUUUUUAUUUCCACUUCAAGAUGAAAACGUUUCAUACUUGCAUUAAAAUUUAC